AUGCGCCUCGCCAACUCCUUGUGUGUUUUGGUGCUCUGUGCUUCUCCUGCCAUCAAUGGACAGAGCGACUUGAAGGAAGUAAAGGUAGCAUUCAAUGAUGCCCAAAUACCUGCAGACGCACAUAUCACGUUUGAUCCUAGUGUCUUACUGCAAGUCAACUUUCCUGCCCACGACGGAUCGAACGGAACGGUCCUAGAGACUCCCGGGACACAGCUGUCUGUCGCAGCGGUUGCCCCGUUUCCCUCUUUCGCGUUGAAGGGGAACCAUCUCACCACGAGCGGCCAGUUUGUGAUCAUGAUGUUCGACCUUGAUGCGCCCAUCCCAAAGUUGUCCCUUCAAGUUCAUUCAGUAACGGCACAAGACUGA